AUUUCUUAUGACAAGUAAAGCUUUCAUUGUGCGGGCUGAGCCCCGUCACGACUCACGACCGCAGGGAUCGCGCUGCUGCGGCCGCCGCCGCCGUGUCUCUCUGGCAGCCAUCCGUUCCCUCGAUCGAUCUUCUUCCCCUCCGCAUUUUGUAGGCCCCACCUAUCUGUUUCAUCUGUCUGCUCGGGGGCGCCCAAGCGGCCGAGCCCGAGUUUGAGCCCAAGCCCGAGCCCGAACACGAGCAGCCUACUGACCUCCUCCGCCUCCGCUGCAUUUGCACAAUCACAGAAACGGCGAUUUUCGCAGGCGGAGGCCCAUGGCGGUGCUGUCAGUGCUGCCGCGCCCCACCGCCCUCGUCCGCCCGACCUCGGCGGCGAAGCAGACGGCGGAGGAGCGCGGAGCCAUGCGGGAGGUCCUCCGAGUGGUCCGUCGCGACACCGACUUCCUCCGCUCGGCCGCCGCUCCGCUCCGCAAGGCUGCUGCCGACAUCUUCUGGCUCCGCUUCCUCGAAGAUCCUGAACGCGCUCCCCGCCGCCCUCCUCCUGCUAGUGCUAGCCGUGCUACUGCUGCCCCGCCACUGCUCCCCUCCUCCUAUCCGUCAGGUUUAUCCUGUGUGGAUCUGAUGAUGGCUGAUCUUAAAGCUUUGAAGUUGUAUUUUAGUUAUUGGCGCGAAUCUUGGAAGAUUUGGUCUAUUCCUCUCCCUGAGGUAUAUGAACCACAAAUGGUUGCUGACUAUUUCAGUUGUCGGCCUCACGUCUUGGCAUUCCGCAUCAUUGAGAUAUUCUCUUCAUUUGUCUUUGCUGCCAUAAAAUUGCGAACAUCUGGAAGAAUCAAGUUUAGGAGGCAUGGCUCGAGAAAGGAUGAAGGCUACGACAUCCCAAAAUUCUAUAUCGGCCAGCUUAUUAAGGAAACAUUGCUGAACCUUGGGCCAACUUUCAUUAAAGUAGGGCAAUCUCUCUCUACAAGGCCAGAUAUAAUUGGACCAGAGAUUUCUGAGGCACUGUCUGAGUUACAUGAGAAAGUUCCUCCUUUCCCUAGAGAUGUCGCUAUGAAGAUUAUAGAAACAGAAUUAGGAUGCCCAAUAGAUAGCAUAUAUAGCUAUAUUUCUGAUGAACCUAUCGCUGCAGCUUCAUUUGGCCAGGUUUAUUGGGGUUGCACUGUUGAUGGUGCUGUUGUGGCUAUAAAGGUGCAGCGGCCAAACUUGCUUCAUUCUGUUGUGCGGGACAUAUAUAUCCUACGUCUUGGGCUUGCCCUCUUGAGGAAGGUAGCAAAGCGGAAAAGUGAUCCUUCGCUUUAUGCUGAUGAACUAGGUAAAGGUUUUGUUGGUGAGUUAGACUACACGAUCGAAGCAGCAAAUGCUUCCAAAUUUCUGGAAACUCAUUCAAGAUACUCAUUUAUGCUGGUUCCGAAGGUGUUCAGACAAUUUACUAGAAAAAGAGUUUUGACUAUGGAGUGGGUGAUAGGUAGAAGCCCCAGUGAGUUGCUUUUGCUAUCCAGAGGACUGGAUGAUCGUCCUACUCAGUACUCAGAGAGACGGAAGUUGGAGGCAAAUGCAUGCCUUCUUGAUCUGGUCAACAAAAGUGUGGAAGCAACAUUAGUUCAACUUCUUGAGACAGGCUUAUUACAUGCUGAUCCACAUCCUGGGAACUUGCGUUAUACACCUGAAGGGCGUAUUGGGUUUCUCGAUUUUGGUUUGCUUUGUUUGAUGGAGAAGAGACAUCAGUUUGCUAUGCUUUCAAGCAUAGUGCAUAUUGUGAAUGGGGACUGGGGUGCACUUGUUUAUGAUUUGACCGAAAUGGAUGUUGUACCGGCAGGAACUAAUCUCCGUCGUGUUACAUUGGAUUUAGAAGGGGCUUUGAGUGAGGUAUCAUUGAAUGAUGGAAUUCCGGAGAUCAAGUUUAGUAAGGUUCUUGCUAAAAUCUGGUCUGUAGCACUUAAAUAUCAUUUUCGGAUGCCGCCAUAUUAUACCUUGGUCUUGCGAUCUGUGGCUUCCUUAGAAGGAUUGGCUGUGGCAGCAGAUCAGAACUUCAAGACAUUUCAAGCUGCAUAUCCUUAUGUUGUCCGGAAACUUAUUUACGAUAAUUCAGCUGCUACAAGGAGAAUCUUGUACUCGGUUGUCUUCAACAAAAGCAAGGAACUACAGUGGCCGAAGAUUCUGCUGUUUCUAAAACUAUGUUCAGAGAGUGAUGCUAGGAAAAGCAGAAAGGAUGUGAAUAUGCCAAUCAUGGGAGAAAGCAGUAGACCCUCUGGAUAUGACCUGGGUGCACAGGAAGGAGUACUUGAGAUUUCCAACCUAAUAUUGAGGCUUUUAUCGUCAAAGGAUGGUACGGUGAUACGAAGACUUCUCAUGUCUGCGGAUGGAAGGUCUUUAGCCCAAGUUGUAGUUUCCGAAGAUGCAGUUUUCUUGCGGCAAUUUGUUGGUAGGGCCCUGGCUGAUGUCAUUUACCAGUGGAUGAGUGAGGCUACGGGAGUAUAUAAAGCAGUAAAUCAACCCAAUAAAUGCUUUGUGGCUGAAGACAUGCAAGAGAGAGACAGGGAUCAUCUGUCAUCGACACUUCCCUCGACUUUGUUGCAUGCUGUCAUGAGGGACCGCCGGCUGAAAGUUAUAUUCUACAAAGUGCUGAAAGAUGUAAGAAGAGAUCCAGUAUUGAUGCUCAGAGUGGGCUGUAGUUUCUUCGCAAUCUUGGCCAGAGCUGCUAUCCUCGGGUUCCAUCGUUACGUUGUUAAUUUGUCUGAAGGGUACUUAUCAUCUUUGUCAUUUGGAUGGAGGCGAGCACUAAGCAUUGUAUAGAAAGUUAUUUGCGAGUAUAUGAAUCUAGCUAGAUCAGACUGAUCAGUAGAUGAAAAACAGAGAAUGUUGCCCCUUUGUCCUUGUGAAGUUUCAAACUCCCUAUUUAUUCUUUGUUUUGAUUUU